AAGGUAUUGCACGUUUGCAUAACUUUUAUUGCCCGCCGACCUUCAGCAGGCUGAGAGGCAGGCAGCCUGGGUCCGCUCCCCCAUCCCCAAGCCGCUGUGCAGCCAGGAGCAUCCCUCCCCCAGCAGAGAGAGGGGCUGCUGCACCCGCAGCUGUGGUAACAGCAAGUGCUUCCCGACCUGUAUUCUCGCCCAGGUGCCUCUGCUUGCAGAGAAACUAGUUCAAGGAAGCAAGAGAUGUCUCGACCAGGCAAAAAGAGAAGCAGAGCAACGUUGGCAGAUAAAGAGGGGCCUGCUACUAAAUUCGCCAAAAGUAAGAUUCAGGAGGAGGAAGAAGAAUCCAUGAUGUCUGCAGCUAAGGAGAGGAAUUCAAAGCCCAUGGGGAGCGGCACAGGAAAGGCUACCAAGGAGGCCUGCCCUAGCGUGCAGGGAAGCAAGCAAGCGUACAGCCACUGGCUGAUGAAAUCAGAGCCGGAGAGCAGGUUCGAGAAGGGAGUGGAUGUGAAAUUCGGCAUUGAAGACUUAAAGGCUCAACCCAAUCAGACAGCAUGCUGGGAUGGAGUCAGGAAUUACCAGGCACGGAAUUUCAUGAGAGACAUGAAACUUGGGCAAGAAGCAUUUUUCUAUCACAGUAACUGCAAAGAGCCUGGAAUUGCUGGAAUUAUCAAGAUUGUGAAGGAGGCUUACCCAGACCACACUCAAUUUGACAAGAAGGACCCUCACUACGAUUCCUCCAGUACCAAGGAGAACCCCAAGUGGUCGAUGGUGGACGUCCAAUUUGUGCGGAUGACUAAGCGCUUCAUCCCCCUGUCCGAGCUGAAGGCUCAACACCAGGCACACAGAGCUUCGGGAGGCCCGCUGAAGGACAUGACACUCUUCACCAGGCAGAGGCUCUCUGUCCAGCCCCUGACAGAUGGGAUGGGGAAGGAUUUGCAGCCCCUCUUUACUACAGAGAGAACAAGAAAAGAGCUUGCCUUCCUGAUUCCAUUUACGAUAGGCGGUGCCAAGACACACAAGGCUCCUUCCACUCUUCAGUGCAAACCCUUCUGUGCUGCAGAGGUACAGAGAUCUCUCAAGAGCAAGUAUACACAUUCAGCAAAGCAGGCUGCCUGGAGAGUUUAAGACCGGAUUUCAAGUUUUUAAUACUGUAGCCUUUAGGGCCUAAUGAUGUGGGCUGUGGUUUAAUCCUUGUGCUGGGCUAGCGAUCGGGGGCAGUUCACUUACUGAGCUUGCUCUAGGUCAGGGUUUUUCAAACUAGGGGUCGGGACCCCUCAGGGGGUCGUGAGAUCAUUACAUGGGGGGUCAUGAGCUGUCAACCUCCACCC